AACAACUCAAACAGAUAAAUUACACAGACCUUCACACACAGAAGCAGACCUACCAUCAAAUCCUCACAAACCACAGCAAUGCUUUUACACUACUUAGUGGAAUACCUUGAUUUAAAAAGCUGUCUUACAGGAUUUUUUCUUUUCCUACUACUGCUUGAUAUCAUCAGGAAUAAAAAUCCACCCAAUUUUCCACCAGGACCAUGGCCCCUACCGUUUGUGGGAAACAUUUUCACUGGGCCUGACUUCAAAACAAUAGACAAGCUUGCUGAGAAGUAUGGAGACGUUUUCAGCCUGCGUUGGGGCAGUGAGAAAACUGUGUUUAUCUCUGGACAUAAAAUGGUGAAGGAAGCUCUCGUUUCUCAGCUGGACAGUUUUGCAGACCGUCCUGUUAUCCCUCUCUUUCACAAAGUCUUUAAGGGACUAGGUGUAGCUCUCAGUAAUGGGUACCUGUGGAAAAACCAGAGAAAGUUUGUCUUCACACACCUGCGCCACUUUGGUGAAGGGAAGAAGACCCUAGAGCUGAGUAUCCAGCAGGAGAGCAUCUUUCUGUGUGAUGCUUUCAAAGCGGAACAGGGUCCUUUUGAGCCUCAGUUUUUCCUGAACAAUGCAGUCUCAAACAUCAUUUCUGUGCUAGUUUUUGGCCACCGCUUUGAAUAUCACGAUGAAAAUUUCCUGAAUAUCUUGCGUUUGGAUGCUGAAGCUGUUUUUCUGGCAGGUUCUGCCCAGUCUCAGCUGUAUAAUGCCUUCCCUCGCCUCUUUGAAUACCUUCCUGGCCCCCAUCAGAAGAUUUUUGCCAACUACGGAAAAAUAAUAGAAUUCUUAAAAGAAGAAAUGAGAAAACACAAGGAGGACUGGGAUCCCUCAAAUCCUCGGGAUUACAUUGACACUUUCCUUCUAGAAAUGGAGAAGAAAAAGAGUGAUCCUGCAGCUGGAUUUAACAUCGAGACAUUAUUGAUUGCAAUGCUGGACAUGAUUGAAGCAGGAACAGAAAGUGCAUCCAUUACAAUGCGCUGGGGUCUUCUCUUCAUGAUGAAGUACCCUGAGAUACAGAAAAAGGUGCAGGCAGAGAUAGACAAAGUGAUUGGACAGUCACGGCAGGCCAGCAUGGCUGACAAACCCAACAUGCCCUACACUGAAGCUGUUAUUCAUGAAAUUCAAAGGAUGGGCAACGUUGUGCCUCUGGGUCUCCCCAAGAUGGCCUCUAAAGAUACAGUACUGGGUGGAUUCUUCAUACCAAAGGGUACGUCUGUGACUACAAACCUAUCGUCUGUGCUUAAUGACAAGAACGAGUGGAAAACACCAGACACGUUUAAUCCAGGACACUUUCUGGAUGAUCAAGGCCAGUUCCUGAAGAAAGACGCUUUCCUGCCAUUUUCAGCAGGUAAGAGAGCAUGUGUGGGGGAGCAGCUGGCUCGUAUGGAGCUCUUCCUGUUCUUCACCUCUCUGCUGCAGUGCUUUACAUUCUCCCCUUGUCCUGGAGCUGAGCUAAGCUUGGAGGGUCAGCUGGGCUUCACGUAUGCACCCAAACCCUACCGCAUGUGUGUGACCCCACGCUAAGAGUCCAUACACAAUUAUGUUUGUUUUUUUUUUAAUCUAGCUGAUGUAAGAAACCUUAUCUUGACCUCUGUGAUCUGUCCCAACAGCUAUGUUCAUUUUUACGUAAGAAUGAUAUGCAUGAUGUCAUUUAUUUUGCUUUCUAACAGCAUUAUAGUGUAGAAUACCUAUAAUGCACAUAAUAUUGUUCAACAUGAUUUAGUUUUAACCAUGCUAUAAUUCCCCCUUUACUGUAAGAGAAAUUACUGUGGUGCUUGAAAGUUUGUAAACCCUUUAGAAUUUUCUAUAUUUCUGCAGAAAUAUAAUCUAAACUAUCAUCAGAUUUUCAUACAAAUUCUAAACAUAGAUAAAAAGAACCCAAUUAAACAAACGAGACCAAAAUAUUAUACUUGAUAAUUUAUUUAUUGAGGAAAAUGAUGGGUGGCACGGUGGUGUAGUGGUUAGCACUGUCACCUCACAGCAAGAAGGUUCUGGGUUCGAGCCCUGUGGGCCCCCCCGAGGGCCUUUCUGUGCGGAGUUUGCAUGUUCUCCCCGUGUCCGCGUGGGUUUCCUCCGGGUGCUCCGGUUUCCCCCACAGUCCAAAGACAUGC